AUGGCGUCUCUGUCACCGGACAGACAUCAUACUUUCAUUUCUUCCACCGUGGACAUGAAACGUGGCUGUUCAGACGAAGCCUCGUCUUCAAGGAUUUUGCCCCUCGAAGAACAGAAUCAAUUUUCCUAUAGCGGGGGCAGAAUUUUUUCCUCACAAGAUUGGAUGAACCCAGGGGAUUUGUAUGAGAUUCCAGGGAAAAGAUAUCCGAACAUGGACCAACGAAGCUCUCCUGAAGAAGUACUUCUAGAUGCCUACAAGAUGCCUUCAGCAAAGAACGGUCUCAUGGAGGUGGUAACGGAGGACAUUCUGAAUCCAUGCGUGGAGAUGUCUCCCAGUCUGACUCUUCUCAAUGUGCGGUCGCCAAGUGAUAAUAAUGGACACCAUGUUCCUCCAAAAUGUGACAGAGAACUAGAAUACCAUCUGAGAAGAUCUCCCAACAGCAAACUGGAGAAACUCAAGGAAAAGAUAAGAGAACAAAGACAGAGACAUGAAACCCUCAAUGAGAAGCCACUAAAGCCAUGGCCAGCGCCCCAACCCAUGAGCAACCAAGUCUUGAAACGGAAGGUAUGCAAGAUGACCUUCGUCCCUCCAUCCCGCACUCACAAAGGUUUACGUGGCUCGCAUCAGGCAACUUCAUCCAGUAACGGACGUGCAGCGACUGAAGAAUUCAAGGGUCCAAAGGAAGGGGGCAGUGCCAAUAGUAGAGACCCCCAUCAGAUAGUUUCCAAACCACGGAUCAAGAAAGUCAACAGCCGGAGGAGUCCAGUUUCUCGGAAGUUGCCCUUUGACUCCCCAUCACCGGAAAAAAAAUCAAGAAGGGCCGAUCUUUACGGACCCUCGGCUUGGAGAGAAGGUCAAAAGCUGGUUCGGAGAAUACUCGGACCCCCGCCUGUUACCUCUAAGACCCCGCGGGCUCCUGCUGGAGAGGAUCAGACAACCCGGAGCCCAGGGAAAUGUAAAAGUAUCAGUCAAAAAACGGAAAAAAUCCGCCAUAUUUAUAAGCUAUCCUCCGAGGCCGUGGAAAUGGGUUCAGGCGAUGGUGUGAUGUCCGCUCUACAAGGGGGGGCUUCUGGAAAACCGGGAAAGAAAAGUACCCCGGGAAACCAAAAGGAGGCCCUACCAAGAGGGGAGACCAAAAACGUGCGGACUGAUUUAGGUGCCACGGUCCAAAAGGGCCCCGAUAAAGAAAAUGUCACCAAGAACGAAGGAAGACCCCAAAAAUCCUGUAGCUACAGCGUGGAGGAGGUGCGAGACUUCAUGAGGAAGAAGAACAUGGAGAGGGUCCAAAGAGAGCGCGAAGGCAAGAGUGACAUCCAAAAGGCUUCUCGGCUGAGGCAGAAACGGCUGCAGGACGUCUUCAAGAAGCAAAAAGCCGCUUUCCCGCCAAGAAGGAACGCCGUAGUACCCUCAAAGAACCUCAGAAGACCACCUUGUGCCGCUCCCUGCCCGACAAGUGAUGGAAAAAACGUAUCUGAAUGGGUGAAGAUAAGAACUUCCGAUUUACUCAGAGAAGAAGAAGAAGAUGGGAGCAGGAAAUGCACGGCUCUGGGCAAAGAACCCAAUCACGAUGAAUGUUCUAGUCCGCUUAGCCUUCAAGAUUUGGAUACCGUCACCGUGGCAUUAGACAAAAACCCCACCUGGAAACGGGAAAUGGAGAUACCUUCUACUUCUUCAUCUCCGAAGAGAGCCCCGGAGCUUUCUCCGCAUAGGAACAGCCAGGAACGUCUCAGAACUAUUUGGGCCAUGGCCAAGGAACUCGGGGAAAGAGUUGACUUGGAAAGCAGCCGACUAGACGCAAGACAAGGUCCUCAGAACCCAGACAGUAAUGGCUUGCCUGGAAGCCACCACAAAUGGCUUCCAACCUUCUCUCCAAAAACAGGACUGGCGGUUGAGGGCACCUCCGUGGGCCACACCAUGGACCCAAGUAAUGUUUUGUAUGCUAGGUCUGGCCUCGCUGUGAACGAUGAUGCUAUUGAGAAGAAACCACGUCGGGCCAACAAAGGUUACCAUGGCGGCCAAACGUCUCCGGCGUGGAGAAAUUACCGGUCUCGGGAACACAGUCUGGUCAAUCGGUCUCUUGGCUCACCAAAAAUAUCACCGAAAUACCGAAGUGGCGCUCUGACCGAAACAGCAGUCGGAUCAGAGUUAAAAAGUCCAAAAGCCAGACGGAAAAGGAUCUCUUCUCCUUAUAGUCAAAAAGCCUGCAUGGGUAAGAAUGGAACAGCAGCUUUACAGAAGAGUUUAUCGUACAUCGAGGAGACUGAAGAGUUUUGGGAAUCCCGUAAGGAGGAAGAAGCGGAUCCCAGACGUCCCCUGGAGGAACCGUUGACUUGUGCGAUGGACUGGCCUCCAACCAAGAUGGAUAUCCUGCGGAAUAUAAAGGUAUCUUAG